AUGGAGAGUGAACAGAGAGUGUCUCGAAAAGGCCGGAAGCUGGGCUCCAGCCGGCGGCAGCAGACAAGAGAGCCAGCUGAUGGUCAAGAUGCCCCCGUGGCCCCAGAACCAGAGACCUGGUCCUCUCAGGCAGCUGCAGAACUGCAGGACUUCUUCCAGGACUGUGGUGCCAAGGAGAGAGGCUUUGUUACCCGUGAGGACCUGGCGGCAGUCAAGUUCAGCUUCCUGGGCAGCGAGGAGGAGCCGGAAAUGAUCUUCGACUGGGUGGAUGUGGAACGGAAGGGACACCUGUCCCUAGAAGAAUUCAGCUCUGGACUCAAAAACAUCUUUGGCUCCAGCCCGAGCACCCACAGGCUCCGCAGAAGGAGACCACUGGCCUCUAAGCGGGCAUCUGCUACGGCCAGCUUCCCGGCGCUGGAGGAGGCGGAUGCUGAGGACAAGGAGGCGUUCCUUGCCUUCAUGGAGCAGCUGGGGACCGGCCACCUUCCUCCUGAGGAAGGCCGGCAGACGGAGAUUUGGCAGCUGUGGGGGCAGCUGCGGCAGGAGGAGCCCCAGCUGGCAGGUGACCUGGCUGGCUUUCUGGCCAAGAUGACCAGCCGCCUGCAGGAAGCACAGGCAGACAAGGAGGCUCUGGAGCGGAGCCUGAGGAAGCACGACUCUGACCACCAUCGCAAAGUUCAGCAGCUCUUUGAGGAGAUGGAGCAGCAGAUCUGCCGGGAGAAGCAGCAGCUGCAGGCCGAGAGCGACUCUCGGGGCCUGGCCCUCAGCUCCCAGAUGCAGGAGGCCCUGGAGGCCAAAGAGUGCGAGGUGCAGCAGCUGGCUGAGGACCAGAGGGAGCUGGAGGCCCAGCUCCACCGCCUCAGUAGCACACACCAGGAGGCCAGCUCCGAGAACCAGCAGCUCCGGGAGGCCGAGCGGGACCUGGCUGGGCGGCUGGAGGAGGUGCGGGGGCAGCUGCAGGUGACCAGGGGGCACCUGGACGCCGCCAGGGGCCGGGUGUCCUGGCAGGUGGAGGAGGACUUGGGUGUCCCCAGAGCAGGCGAGAAGGCCCCAGACCCUCAGGUUGUCACCCCCGAGGAGGCCCCCCUGCCUGGGCUGUUCGAGGACAAUGACGGCUGGGCCCAGCUCCUGGGCAGCUUCAGCAGCCCUCCGCACAGAGCCCUGCAGCUCUCCUGGAGCCCACCCCCAAGUCCAAGAGCCACCUCCGGCCCCCAGACCCCCCGCAUGGUCAGGCAAAUCUCCAUCUCGGAGCCACACACUGUGCUGUCUGUACAGGAGCCGUCUUCAGAUCUGAAUGGGGCGCCAGGAAGCCCCCCUGUGCCUUCCAGUGCCCAGGGUGGUGAAGGAGUGGACCCAGAUGGGAAGAACCUCAGUCUGGAGCAGCCAGGGGAGCCUCACAACUUGGGUCCAGACCCGGAGCCAGGGCCCAGACCUGAGGCCCGCUUCCCCUGGGGUCACCCAGGAACCCCUGCUGGGAAGUCGGGAAGUCUGGUGGCGGCUGCACUCCAAGUGCUCGUUCCUUUGGAGAAUGAGCCCUCUCCCCACAGGGACUCCCCACUUCUGCAGGCCCCAGACAGGCCCAGCAAGCAGUUCCAGGCCUCAGACCUGGAUGACAAGGGCCCAGAGCCUGAGCCUGCCCCACUCAAGCCGCCCAGACAGAGAGAGGCCCCUCAGGACCUGCAUGCCACUGGCUCUGAGCCAGGACCAGGGUCCCAGGAGGCUGCAGCUGUCACCCAGGAGCCAGCUGAGCCCUCCCAGGGCCUGGAGCCUGGGGGUCAGGAUCCCACAGCGGGGCUGGAGCAGGGAAAGCUCAGCCCAGCAGGGCAGGGGGGCCGCCCUGAGAGGCUAAGAGACGCUCCUGAUCAGGUCCUCGGGCCAGAUGGGCUGCCUGCCCUCCCUGCCUGGAGUCUAGAAGAGAAACCCGGGGCCGAGGACAGAGGUGGGGAGGACCUCGGUUCAGAGCAGUCAGCUGAGGCUCAGGAUCUGGAAAACAGACAUUCAGAGCUCCCCCAGCAAGGUCCGCUGCCUGAGCCUCUCCUGUUGGACACACCCCAGGCUCAGGCAGAAGCAGAAGUCCCUGGAAAACCAUCACCUCCGAGGGCCUCUCUGCCCAGCGGGGCUCAGCCUGGGGCUGGAGCAGAACCCAGGGAGCCCACGUCAACCCUCCCCACCAUGGCUGAGCAGGAAGCCCAACCCCGGCCCCCGCCCACGGCCACUCACAUAGAAGGAGAAAAAAGUGUCCCUCAAUCCAGAGAGCCAAGGACAGAGAGCAGGCCUGAAGACCCGGGAAGGGACUCCAGGGAGACUGGGCUGACCCUAUCCCCGGGGAACUCUCUGGCUGGCAAGCCUCCGGCCGACCCUGACUACCUGUUCCACGUCAUCUUCCUGGGGGACUCCAAUGUGGGCAAAACAUCCUUCCUGCAUCUGCUGCACCAGAACGCCUUUGCCACUGGGCUGACAGCCACUGUGGGAGUGGAUUUUCGGGUCAAAAACCUGCUGGUGGACAACAAGUGGUUUGCACUGCAGCUCUGGGACACGGCCGGCCAGGAGAGGUACCACAGCGUGACACGGCAGCUGCUCCACAAGGCCGACGGGGUGGUGCUCAUGUAUGACGUCACCUCCCAGGAGAGCUUUGCCCACGUGCGCUACUGGCUAGAUUGUCUCCAGGAUGUCGGGUCAGAUGAGGUGGUCAUCCUGCUCCUGGGAAACAAGAUAGACUGUGAGCAAGAGCGUCAAGUGCCCACUGAGGCUGGGCGGCAGCUGGCCCAGGAGCUGAAGGUCUCCUUUGGGGAGUGCAGUGCUGUCUUGGGUCACAACAUCCUGGAGCCCAUGGUGAGCCUGGCCAGGUCACUCAAGAUGCAAGAAGACCACCUGAAGGACUCCCUGGUGGAGGUGGUCCCUGAGAAGCCGCCCAAGAAAGUCAGCUGCUGCACCUGA